AUGUCGAGCCUUGCAUCGACCUUCCCUGUCGAGAUAUGGCUGAUCAUUAUCAAGCAUCUUCAGCAAGAAAAAGCGAGCUCGCAGCAUCUUAGUCGUCUUUCCCGAACCUGCAGAGCCUUUUACGAAGAAAUCGAACCUCUUCUGUACGAGACAAUCAUCUUGAAGAGGAAAGCAAAGGCGAGAUUGCUCGCGGACACAUUGCAGCGUCGUCCGCAUUUAAAAGCUCUCGUAAAGGAGCUUCGCCAUGAAGAUGAAAUGGGGAUUUCACUUACCAAUUUCUCGAAGCCCUUCUACAAGCAACUCACCAGCAUGGAGAACCUGGAAACGUUGAUAUUCAAACCUGAAUGGAAACGCAUGAGCUUUCUCAGCCGCAGAUGGCCGUCCGAGCCAGAGCAAGAUCGUUGGCGGAGCGAGGCAGAAGAUCUUCUGCGUGAGCUCUUCUAUGGCGAACGUAGCUAUGGUUGGGAUUAUGUCACGGAAGAUGGUUGGUACGGCCAGAUCAACGCAUUCUUAUCAAAGCCUCAUGGAACUGGAUUUCCCGUUGGCUCUGAAGACGACAUAAUUCAAGCGGUAUUUGAUAUGACGGGGAACUCAAUUCACGAGUGGGAAGCCACCCUUGACGGUAGGUUGGCUUUCUGUCACAUCUCACCAGACAUCAAACCAGAAGUCUUUUCAUCUUUGCGAGUGUGUCAUUUAGGUACUAACACCACGUUGGAUCCUUAUGUUCAUUCUCGCCCGUUCAUGUUCAGCCCGACGAUUUUCAGACUCCGCCCUCGACUAAAAGAGCUGUGCAUCACUGGGAUGAAGUUUUCUCACGAAUGGUAUGAUGUGGAUCUCAACCAGCCAACACAUAAAAGCGCACUGAGAAAGCUCACAAUGCUUAACUGCGAACUAUCAAUCCAUGACUUUCGCGAAUUAUGUUCGUACGCAAGAGGUCUGAAGGGGCUGAUUUUCAGAGGUCCUGUAUUCGUAUCGUUUUUCAGAGUGCCAGAAUCAUUCCAAGGGGGACCUAUCGCAUACGAUAUCCGUACGAUCCUCGGCAGUUCAUUGGAGUCUCUGGACAUUGACAUUUACUGGGGCGUGCCAGAUGGCCUUCGACUUAGGGGCGGUAUGCCCCGUUUGAGAAAGCUGACUGCGACGACUCAAACUCUGUUUGGCUCAUUUGACAGCGACGAUCAGGACAUCAAAGACUUUAUUCCCGAAUCACUCGAGGAGCUUGUCAUUCGACACGAGGAAGGGAGUCAUCUUCCCCUCCCAUCCAUCUACCGAACUGCAGAGUCUGGGCAGAUCGCCAAGCUGCACACGGUGAUAGUUCAAAUAGGGGACUUCAUGAGGCUCGACUCGUACCCAUAUCGGGCCGUUGUGGAGUGGAAAGAUGAUUUUCAAUGCCAAGGCAUCAACCUAUCAGCGGAAUCUGUUCCAUACCCGCCCCACAUGCCCCGGUAUGAAGCUUGCUCCUGCGAGAAUUUGAACUUCUACCAUCGGUUCCCAAAUCAUCACAAAGCCCUGUUUCGCUAG